UGGAACAACGAAGAAGAAGAAGAAGAAGACCAACAUGGCGUCCGUCAACAGCAGUGAGUGGAGAGCAAUCUGCGACAAAUUCACCAACGCCCAAAACCUCACUGAUGUGGAAUCACGAAACGACCCAGAAAAUGACCCAUUCCGCUCAAAGUACAAAGCCAGGGAGCUCCUCAGAGAGAUUUACUGCUCGCUGAAGAGCUUCGAGGCCGGUGAGGGAGAAGAGGAGAGCGGCGGAGAGAGCAGCGAGAGGCCGGUGGAGGAUCCUCCGGAGAGCGGGCAGGGGGAGGACGGGCUGGACCAGGCCUUCAGCCGAGACUCACCGGGGGGGCUGCGGGCCGCAAAACUCGGGGCUGUAGAGUAUUAUCUGGGCGUCAACCACAUCGAUACAGAGGAGCUGCCAGCCGGGCAGGAGCAUCUGAUGAACUGCAUGAAACUGCUGGAGAGAUGCAGAGUGUCCUCCGACAGUGUGUCCCUGUUCAUCCACGUCAGGAAUCAGUUGGGCAUCCUUUGGGCCGGCCGGGAUGAGACGGAGAUGGCUCAAGGAUUCCUUGAAACAGCCGAAUCUGUCUACCAGCGAUAUAUGAAGGAGGAUGGGACUCCUCCCACUGACAUGACCGAGUACUUUACCACUGAGGAGAAGCUGCUGACACAUCAGGAAAGGACCAAGAGGUUUGAGUUGGCCUACACUCACACCAAGUACUACCUCGCUCAAGUCUAUAAAAACCUCGGUCAAACUGAGCGAGCUGCCACAUACUGCCACAGCACCCUGCAGAGACAGCUGCAGUUAAAUCAGUUCAGUCCAAUGGAGUGGGCUCUGAACGCUGCCACCCUAUCACAGUAUUACAUCAAUAAGGGCCGCUACAUGGAGGGCAGACAUUGCCUCUCCGCAGCUACGGUCAUAUCAGGUUUGGCAGGAGAGGCUCCUUCUGAGGCCGCAGCAGAGGAGAGUGAGACAGAGAGGGACCGCAGGGAAACCCUCAGACAGAAGAGGGCGGAGAUUGCGAGAUGUUGGAUCAAAUACUGUCUCAACCUCCUGCAUGAUGCGAAGAAGCUGCUUGAGGACAACAUCGGGGAGCUGGACACUGAUCGUCAAGAAGAGUUGAAGAGAGCUAGAAGAGGAGAGGAGGAAGAGGAGGAGAAGGAGAGGAAGAGUGCUCUGCUGUUUGGCUCUGAAGACACCUUUGACUCCAUCGCUAGCCUGGAAGAGAAGGUGAGCUCUCUGUUCCCUCUAGACUUCACAGAAGCAAGAGCAGUAUUUCUGGUCGGACAGAAUUAUGUCACACAGGCUAAGGACUACUUCCUGAUGGAUGGCUACGUGACUGAUCACAUAGAGAUCCUGCAGGAUCACAGUUCUCUGUUUAGGGGUCUAGCUUUCUUCGAAGAGGAUCUUGAGCGACGCUGCAAAAUGCACAAAAGACGAGUUGACAUGCUAGAGCCAAUAUGCAACGAACUGAACGCCAAAUAUUACCUAAUGAUCCGCAGACAGCUGAUGUUUGAGCUGGCCGAGAUCUACAAUGAAAUGAUGGACCUCAAACUAACGUUGGCAAACAGACAAGCAGAUACACAGUCCCUUGAUAACCACACUAUUAAGAAAUUCAACCAUCUCUGCUCUGCAUCUGCCAAAUACUUCCAGAUGUUUCUGGACUCCCUGUGCUCUCCUGAAGGGAAGUACCCGGAGCACCUGGAGGAGGAGGUGCUCAGACCGGCUCUGGUGGCCCGUUUCAGAGUGGCCCGACUCUACAGCCGACUGAUCAGCUCAGAGCCGUCUGUUCAGCUGGAAAACCUCAACAAAUCUCUGGAAAACUAUAAAUAUGUGGUGCAGUAUUGUGAGGGCCACCCUGAGGCAGUUGCUACUGUGAAUACGGAGCUGGAGCUGAGUUCAGAGAUGGUCGGCCUGCUCCCUUUAAAAAUCAACCGCCUCAAAGCAAGGAUGGCUUUAAACAACUGAAGGACCCCACUCUUCACUGACUGACUUACAAUCCCAGUAACCACAUUAGCCAGUCAUUCUCAAUUUACCGCCUUACAGUCACUGGACACUCCCAACAAUAAGAGAACCUGGAUGACAAAUUCAGCGCCUCUCUUCCUUCUUUGUGGUGUUUUUUUUGUUGCAGUUGAAUGCAUUACAUGCUGAAGCUAUUUGCUCUCCUUUAUGUGCUAACAUAAAUUAAUUAAGCUGGUAUAGAAAGCAAACUUUAUACACAUUUAAUGAAAAGUCCAGUGAGAAUGAAUUCUUGUUUUCUAUUGUUAAUCAUAUUGGUUUUUAUUUAAUGUGACUUUAUUUUGUAUAAAGUGCUUUAAGUCUGUUACUUCAACACGUUUUUGUCUGUGAUGGGAAAAGAUAUUGAAGACCUAUUGUAAGCAGGGUUAGUGUAAACAUAACAAACAUCAAUAUGCAGACAUACGUACAGACAGUAGAGUUGAUCCAUACAAACCAUCAGGACUGUAUGAACUGUCAGAAACACCCUUCCCACUGAGCAGAGUGUACUCGAACACAUCGACGCUGGUUUAUUAGACGUCAUAAUCUGCAUGAUGCUAGCUUCAUCCUGUUGAAUCUGUGCGUUUUCUUCUUGUCUUUGAGGAAUCACUACAUGACCCAGUCCAUGUAUUGUAGAUACUGUAUGUAAUGACAAAUUAAUGACUAAUAUACGCACUAAGAAACAACACAUCUGUGGGGUUUUUUCUUCCCUCCAAUAAAAAGCUGUGCAAUAAAUUCGAAA